CUACUCUCCUUGCCUGAGGCCCCGAAGCAAACCCUAGCUGUGCCUGGGGCGGUGGAACUAGGACCUUGCAGAUAUACUCCGGAGAGGUGGAGGACAGCGUCCGCGGCGCCCUCAACCGAAGGGCGUGAAUACGCCGGCGUCGACCGCAUCAGCGACCUCCCCGACGGCAUCCUCGGCGACAUCGUCUCGUUGCUCCCCACCGCCGAAGGAGCCCGCACCCAGAUCCUCAAGCGCAGGUGGCGCCACAUCUGGCGCUGCUCCGCCCCUCUCAACCUCGAUUGCUGUACCUUGGUCGCCCGUGGCGGCGGCCGUGAGGCUGAAGAUGAACUCGUCGGUCUCAUACCGUCCAUCCUUUCUUCUCACCAAGGCACCGGCCGCCGCUUCCACGUCCCCUCGUCGCGCCACUCUGACCGAGCUGCUACCAUUGAAGCCUGGCUCCAAUCUGCUGCCCUCGACAAUCUCCAGGAGCUCGAUUUAUGGUGCACCCACACCUAUCUUUACGACUAUGUUCCGCUGCCACCCGCCGUCUUUCGCUUCUCCGCCACCGUCCGUGUUGUCACCAUCGCAAAUUGUAACCUCCGUGACAGCGCCGUCCAAGGCCUUCAAUUCCCACAACUUAAACAGCUCGGAUUCAAAGAUAUCAUCAUCAUGGAGGAUUCGCUGCACCACAUGAUUGCUGCGUGUCCAGAUCUCGAGUGCUUGAUGAUUGAAAGGAGCUUAGGUUUUGCUUGCGUCCGGAUCAAUUCCCUUAGUCUUAGAAGCAUCGGUGUGAGCACUGACCACCCUCACCCACAUGAGCUCCAGUUUGUGGAACUCGUCAUUGAUAAUGCACCUUGUCUUAAGAGAUUGCUCCAUCUUGAAAUGUGUUAUCACCUUGACAUGCAUAUAACAGUAAUCUCCGCGCCUAAACUGGAGACCUUGAGCUGCUGUUCUUCUGUGAGUCGCUCCUCCACCAAACUCUCGUUUGGCUCCGCGGCCAUUCAGGGAUUGCACAUUGAUAGCCUAACAACAGUGGUGCGCACUGUCCAAAUUUUAGCUGUAGAGAUGCAUUCUCUUUGUCUAGACACAAUUAUUGACUUCAUGAAAUGCUUUCCAUGUCUGCAGAAGUUGUACAUUAAGUCAUUUGUAAGUGGAAACAAUUGGUGGCAACGUAAACACCGGAACGUUAUCAAAUCCCUUGACAUCCGUCUCAAGACAAUAGCGUUGGAAAGUUAUGGGGGCAAUCAGUCUGACAUCAACUUUGUCACAUUCUUUGUCUUGAACGCGAGAGUGCUAGAGUUGAUGACAUUUGACGUUUGUUCUGAGCAUUACACUGUGGAGUUCUUGGCAGAGCAAUAUAGGAAGCUUCAGCUAGAUAAGAGGGCUUCAAGAGCCGCUCGGUUCCAUUUUACAAGUAACCGAUGUGUCCGUGGUAUUCCGUAUAUCGGACGUGCCGGUGAUUUGGAUUUAACAGAUCCAUUCAGAUUUUGAUGUUGAUGUUAGCACGUGGUUCGGUCUGUUUUAGAGCUAUUCUUGCCUAUCAAAUGUUCUCAUGUUGACACCAGUCCAAACUUGAGUAGUUUCCGUUUGUCUGCAGUAUUUUCAGUUUGUAUUACCCGGAACCUUUUGCGUUUAAAAAAAGCUAUGUGGGUCAUUAGUUUGUAUUAUUCUCCAGAAUUUACAAAACAAGUGGCCGUGCACAAUCCCAAUGAAAUGGUAAGACGACUGAUCAACAGUGCCAGCUACAGGCGCAGAAGAUUAUCUUUCAAGGUGCUCAUUUUGACUUUUUUUAGGAUCAUACCUUUGACUAGAUGAUUGAUAUCAACGUCCAAUGUAUUUUAUAACUGUGAUCGAUCAAUAUUAUGCUUCAUGUUGGUUGCA